AUGAGUGAGAGCUACGGUAGGCGAACGUGGGAUAGAGAGGAAUAUGCGAAGCUGGCCAAAGAGGGCCAGAAAAGCUAUCAAGAGUCGCUGAAAAGCUCUUUGACAGACGAUCAAUUGCGACUAUUGAAAGCCAAGUACACGGAUCACAGAUCCCUAAUGGAAACCUCCAUGAAGGGGCUGAACCAAAAGGUGUUGGCAACUGGGGUCAGCUCUUAUAAGAAAGGCAGGCAAUUUGGGUUUUACUGUGAGCUUUGCAACUUAACUUUCAAGGAUAACCUACAAUACAUCGAUCAUUUGAAUCACAAGACGCACCAAAUCAAAUUUGAAGCCAUAUUCGACGAGCCAAUAGUCCUUGACGUGCGAGGUAACGAUGAUGUAAGUGUGCAAGAGCUUGAAGAACAGUAUCAGGCCCUUGUUAAACAAUUUGUGAAAGAAAACCGCAGUAGAGAGGUGAAAGAGAGCAGGCCUCGUAAGAAACGCAUUCAGCAAAAGCCAGAACAGUCUCCUCCCAGUCUGAUAGCACAGACCAUGGGUUUCGCUUCCUUCGGAAGCGUCAAGAAAUGA